AAGAGAAAAAAAACACUCAGCAAAAGUCUAGCCUUCGCUUCUCCGUUAUAUUCACGCAAAUUUUCUUCAGCAACCAAUUCUGAUGGCUUCUUCUUCUUCUUCUUCUUCUUCUUCCAUCAAUUCUCCAUGGAAGACGUAUGAUACGUUUAUAAGUUUUAGAGGCGCAGACAUCCGAGAUAAUUUUCUCAGUCAUCUGUACGAAGCUCUGAAUCGAAAACACAUCCGUACAUUCAAGGAUGAAAACCUUAACAGAGGAGAAGAGAUCACACCAGCCCUUUUGGAAACAAUUGAAAACUCAAAGAUUUCCAUUGUCGUAUUCUCAGAAAACUAUGCCUAUUCUCCAUGGUGUUUGGAUGAGCUUGUUAAGAUCCUUGAAUGCCAGGAAACUAAAGGACAAUUAGUAUUGCCAGUUUUUUACCAAGUAGAUCCCACAGAUGUUCAAGAGCUGACUGGUAGAUUUGAGGAUGCAAUUGCUCAACACAAACAAAAAUUCUCUUUAGAAAAGGUGGAGAGCUGGAGCCGCGCUCUGAUGGUGACAGCCAACAUUUCUGGUUGGGAUUCGGGAAAGACCAAGCCUGAAUCUAAAAUGCUUGAGGAAAUUAUCAGUGAUGUUAGCAAGAAACUGAGUAACUUGUUUCUAAGUGUUCAUGAUGAAGAGGGUUUUGUUGGAAUUGAUUCUCGUGUUGAGACAGUUGAAACAUUGCUUUGUCUUGAAACAGAUGAUGUUAGAAUGAUAGGAAUAUGGGGAAUGGGAGGUAUUGGAAAGACAACUAUUGCUGACAAAGUAUUUAGUAGAAUUAAGGAUAAAUUUGAGAAUCCAUGCUUUAUCUCAAAUGCCCGAGAAGAGUUAGAAAAAUGCACUCUAGCUGAUUUACGAGAUAAAAUCCAUGGAAAAAUAUUAGGGGUAGAGAAUUUUUAUAAAGGCACGCCAUUUACACUGCAUCCUUUCAUUAAAAGAAGUCUUCCAAAUGCAAGAGUUCUUGUUGUUCUUGAUGAUGUUGAUGAUUCCCAGCACCUUACAGACUUAGUAGGAGGGUUCAAUCUGUAUGGUCCAGGAAGUAGAAUCAUAGUAACAAGCAGAGACAAAGAAGUGCUUGAGACUGUAGAUUGCAAGAAAUAUAUUUAUGAGGUUAAGGAAUUAGUUUAUCGUGAAUCUCUUCAACUCUUUAGCUUGCAUGCCUUCAAACAAACUCAUCUCGCAGAAGGCUACAUGAAACAACUAUCAGAAAGAGCUAUAAGUUAUACACGAGGAGUUCCAUUAGCCCUUAAGGUUCUAGGCUGCAGCCUUUAUGGUAAAGAUGAGAAAGAAUGGGUAAGUGAGUUGGAAAAACUUGAAACUAUUCCCAAUAAGAAAAUUCAGGACAUUCUGAGAAGAAGUUAUGAUGGACUUGAUCGCAAUGAACAGAGUAUAUUUCUCGAUAUUGCAUGUUUUUUCAAAGGGGAAGACCUUCAGCCUGUAAAAGAUAUAUUAGAUUCAUGUGGUUUUUUUGCAGAAAUUGGAAUAAGGCGUCUGGUUGAUAAGUCUCUUGUCGCUAUUUCUGAAGAGAAGUUAAAGAUGCAUGACUUACUGCAACAAAUGGGUAUGGAUAUUGUUUGCGAGGAAAAUAAAGAGCCCAGAAAGCGUAGUAGGCUGUGGAAUGCUAAGGAUAUAUGUGACAUGUUGACAAGAGAUAAAGGGGCUGGAAGAGUUGAAUCCAUAUUGCUGGACUUGUCCAAAAUUGUAGGCAUGGAACUGAGCCCUUGUGUCUUUGAGAAAUUGUAUAAUCUUAGAUUGGUCAAAUUUUACAACCCUUUAUCUAGGGAGAUAAAGUUACAUCUUCCUAAAGGCCUGAAAUGUCUUCCAAAUGAGCUGAGGUUUCUCUACUGGGAUCAAUGCCCUUUAAAAUCAUUGCCGUCAAAGUUUCACCCCGAGAAUCUUGUUGAAUUGCACCUUCAUAGUAGCCAACUCAAACAACUAUGGAACGAAGAUGUUCCGUGUCUUGAAAAGUUGAAAUUUAUGGACCUGAGCAACUCGGAACAACUGAUGAGAAUUCCAGACUUGUCUAAAUUCCCGAACCUUGAGGUUAUGUUUUUGAGAGGCUGUACGAGUUUGGUUGAAGUUUCUUCAUCUACUAAGUAUCAUAGCAAGAUUACAGGUCUAGAUUUUCGAAACUGCAGAAAAUUCAGCCAUCUUUCAAGCCGCAUUUAUUUGAUGAAUCUUGUAAGUCUUUCUUUCGAUGGGUGCUCAAAACUAGCGCAUCUUCCAAGUAGCUUAGGCGAGUGCGGAUGUCUUAAAAACCUUAAUCUCAUUGAAUGCUCAAAGCUAACGAGUCUUCCAAACAGCAUAUGCAAUCUGAAAUCUCUAAUGAAGCUUCUCAUCACAGAUUGUGUGAAUCUCCGUGGAUUGCCAGAGAACUUGGGGGACUUGGAAUCUCUGGAGGAACUGAUUAUUAGACGUGGUAUAAAGAAACUACCAUCUUCUAUCAAUCAGUUGAAGGAAUUGAAAUUCUUGACCUGUAAUGGGUGUAAAGGUUUGAAAUUGCCUCCUUUAACAGGUUUGGCCUGUCUUCAGUUCCUUUCUCUUGAGGGUUGUGGUAUAUCAGAAGUUCCCAGUAAUCUUGGCUCUUUAGGGUCAUUGGUAAAUUUAGUUUUAACUGGAAACAACUUCAGAAGCAUACCCAUAAGCAUCAUAGAAUGCUCUGGGUUGAAAGAACUUCACUUAGAAGAAUGCAAGAAGCUUCAAUUUUUGCCAGAGCUUCCAUCAGCUCUACGAUGGUUAAAUGCAGAAAACUGCACAUCCCUGGAAUUUCUAUCGAGCUCAUUCAUGCAAGGAUACACGAAUUCCUGUCUUUUGACGGAUUUUAGCAAAUGCAUUAAUUUGAAUCAGAGUGCAUACAGAGGAUUAAUGGAUUGUUUACUGCUGAAACUUCAAAGCAUGGGAAAGCCAGACGAAAAAUAUCUGGUCAAACAGGCUGAUGCAACAAAUAUUUGUUGCAUAAAGGAGUUAUGCAUCCCUGGAAGUGAAGUGCCGGAAUGGAUGAUGUACAAAAAUGACUCUGGAUCUUCUUUAUCAUUCUCUUUCUCACCACCCCAUGCUACUCACUUCCUCAAGAUCGCUUUUUGUGCCCUAUUUGCACCCAAAGCUAAUGAUCCUCGUAAAUUCAUGUAUGUUGGAUGCAAUUGCCGGUUUAUGACCGAGUCCGGAGGCAUCCUUGAAGCGAGUUCUGGUUGCGCACUGGUCAAUAAGCAUCAUAUGUCCCUUUGGUAUUCUGCUAUUCAUUUUAACUCAAACAAAUUCUGGAUUACCAAAGCCUCUUUUCAAUUUUAUGCCGUUUGCGAUGAUCAGUUCUUUGCUAUUAUGGAUAAGGAAGAAUUUAUUAGCAAUGUCAUAAGCAAGUGCGGAGUUCAACUAAUAUUUGAUUAUAACUUGGAAGAUGACGACAAUAGACAAAGACUAUCAGCGAUGGUGGAUCAUGAUGAGGUCAUAUGCGAAGGGUUGUUCUUUACUUGAUUUUCUGGAAUGACCCCUCGAAAGAUUGAAAGAGAAUCAUCAGUUUGCAAGGUUUGGAUUUAAACUUUUCAUUAUCCCUUUUUAUCACCUUAGUUAUGUACCUGGGUUGUGCUUUUGAUCAAACCAAAGCCCAACCCACCCAGAUGGUGUUUGCUUUGAUGCUCAUGUAUGUGUGUUUUGAAGUUGCUUUAAUUCAAAACAUUCUCCCUCUCUUUUUGGAAUUCGCCAUUAAACUUGGUGUUACAGAAAUUCUGUUUUUUUUUUUCCUUUUUUAUUCUGUCUUAACUUUUAAGGAGAAAUGGUAACUUGAAUUUUAAAAUAUA